AUGAUCGUACGUGAAUUACAAAAUUUAGGAUUGUUGAUAAUUUUAUUAUCUGUUAUCAAUACUUCCUCCCAUCCAUAUCCUAUACAAGAAGAAUCGUAUCGUACACAUCCUGUACAUAGAGUAGCGCUUAAUCCACGAGGAACUGAGGCAAAUAAAAUAUGCAUUCAUUGGUACGAUUAUACUCAACAAGAGAAAUUGUCUGAAUGCGACAUAUCAAUUCGGGAACCAACAUCAAAGACAUCUCCGGAUUGGUCAAUAGGAUAUAAACUCUCUAUUCAUGAUACUGGUACAUUCCAUAGAGGACCAUUUUUUUGGUGGGAUGGCUGGGUAAAUGGAAUAUAUUGUAACGAUAUACAUCUUCAUUUAAAGGAGAACCCGCCAUGGACCGAUCUUACAUUAUAUUCAGGAAUUGGAUUCAAAAGUUGUUAUGCUUCUACCGUACUAAUUAAUAUUAAUAAUAAUCCGACUAUUUACCUAACUGGUGGAAUAAUGCGAAAUCAAAAUAAUGAGGAUUCAUUUAUUUCUUUAGUAUAUGAAUUUAAUCUAAAAUUAGGACAAUGGAUCAUGCCUGUAAUGAAAGGAAAUGUUCCAGCACGACGUAGAGAUAUUCAAGCUGUUGCUGACGAUUUUGGAAGUAUUUAUGUUUUUGGUGGAGGUGCCGAUAAAUAUAUAGGAUCAAAAAAUUUUCAAGUAUUUAAUGAUACGGCAAUAUUAUAUACUGUUGUUUAG